UUGUGCAGUAAGUUAGGUGGUGAGGUAAGCUUGCUAAUUAAUAUGCGUGCCUUUUUUUCUUUCAUUUUUUCUGAAGUUCAAAGUUCCACAAAUAAUGUGCCUGUUAAAGGACUUUUCCCAGCUGUGAUAAAAUUAAACCCUGGAAAGAAUGUGGCCCAAUAGCCAGUCAGAUGCCAUGCCCUAUAGCAUACCCAGCCAAUUGGGAGGACGAGGUGUGACAGUGGAAAAAGACAGGGUUAGGCAAUUUUUUUAAAGCACUACAUAUUUAUUGACAGAAUAUGUCUCCAGGCAGUAUUCACAUGCUUCAAACUGAAGCUCUUAGCUUGGCAGUGCAGUUUAAGCAAACAAACUCAGGCUGUUGAACACAAUGAUUAACAGGAAGGGGGGGGGGCACACAGUCACUAGACUCUGGCCGGGAGAAGAGGCUGGGGUUAAGGUUUGAGAGCUGAUGACUUGCAGAAUGGUCACCUCACCCACUUGUGACUUCACUGUGGGGACAGGUGGACCUCCAGGAAUCAGAACUUUCCUGAGGCCAUUUGUUUUUGUGUAUACACAGCUUGCAGGUUAGCAGGUGAACAGGCCAGCCAAAUGCAAAGGAGCCACUUCAGAAAUGUGUCAGAGGAAAGUGAAAAUGCAACCUAGUGGUAAACGAAGAGGGGAGGAAGAAAGAAAAGGGACGGGGAACAGCCAGACCAGAGCUUCAGCCAUCAAGAGGAUGAUUUUGGAACCUGGAGAACAUGUAAGUUAAAUAUAUCAACAUUCUGAUCCUAUCUCAAGAGAGAGACAUUUUACUCACUUCCUGGUUGUGAAUGAUGGGCUCUUGGAAGCACUGUCUUUUUAGCGUGUCUCUUAUUUCUGCCCUGAUUUUUGUACUUGUUUACAAUACUGAGUUAUGGGAGAAUAAACAUUUUCUGAGGGCAGCUCUGUCCAAUGCUUCACUGUUAGCAGAAGCAUGUCAUCAGAUUUUUGAGGGGAAAGUUUUUUACCCAACAGAAAAUGCAUUAAAAACUACGCUUGGUGAAGCUACCUGCUAUGAGUACAUGGUUCGAAGCCACUAUGUCACAGAAACGCUCUCUGAAGAAGAGGCUGGGUUCCCUUUGGCUUACACAGUGACCAUUCACAAAGACUUUGGCACUUUUGAGAGGCUCUUCAGGGCGAUUUAUAUGCCCCAGAAUGUCUACUGUGUACACCUGGAUCAGAAGGCGACGGCUGCUUUUAAAGAUGCAGUGAAACAGUUACUCAGCUGCUUCCCAAAUGCUUUUCUGGCUUCCAAGAUGGAGCAGGUCGUCUAUGGGGGUAUCUCCAGGCUCCGGGCUGACCUGCACUGCUUGGAAGACCUUGUGGCUUCUGAAGUUCCCUGGAAGUAUGUCAUCAACACCUGCGGCCAAGACUUUCCGCUGAAAACCAACAGGGAAAUAGUUCAGUAUCUGAAGGGAUUUAAAGGGAAAAAUAUCACUCCUGGGGUCCUGCCUCCUGAGCAUGCAGUUGGACGGACUAAGUACGUCCACCAAGAACUGUUAGACCACAAAAAUUCCUAUGUGAUUAAAACCACAAAGUUAAAAACUCCUCCUCCUCACGACAUGGUCAUUUACUUUGGCACGGCCUACGUGGCUCUCACAAGGGAUUUUGCUAACUUUGUCCUCCAAGACCAGCUCGCACUUGACUUACUCUCCUGGUCCAAGGACACCUACAGCCCCGACGAACAUUUCUGGGUGACGCUCAACAGGAUUCCCGAUACCAAGCAAAACAAACCUACUGGUCGGGCCAGUCGCUCAGAAGGCAUCGCAUGCUAAUCUCAAGUCUGUUCAUCUAAACCACUGUAAGUAAGUCAGGACAAAUGAUGUACGUGGUUUUGGGGUUUGGUUUUAUUUAUGUAUUUAUUCAUUUAUUUUUGGAUACUGCUGUUUUGAACUAUAAAUCAUGCUGCCACUCCCCCAUCUGUAAUCUGCUUUGGCUAAACCAUGAUGAAACAUUUCUGGAGUUUGUUUUGCAUUGGCGCUUAUCAGAGCUCCUUACUGUAGGAUCAGGGCUUGAGGCAAAGAGAAGGGAAAAAAACCACCAAACCUGCAAUGAAAGCCCUUUGCCUCCCUUUUCCACCUCCAACUUUCCCCUCUUGUCUCCACAAGAGCUGCUAAGGACACAUUUUACAGAAAAGGGUGUGGUUCUAGUAAGAAUGAAGAGACUUGAAGGCAUCAAAAUGGUUUCUUGGAUUGUUCCGUCAUAUAGUCACAUUUCUUGUGUGUGUGUGUGUGUAUAAGUAUGU